UCGACCGAAGAGGCCCGUCCGACACCUCCCGACCACACUCCGGCGUCCUCGUGGUCCGCAUCCCAACACGUCCCUCUUUCCAUCCAGCAGACCCUUGCGCCCAUCUUCCUCAUGACAGCUGUCGCGAGCCCGCCGACCUUCACGCAGCACAAUCGGCCGGUAUGGGGUAUUAACGGUGGGCACGCCGGUCAGAUCAAUCCCAUGAAUCCUGACGAGCUCAACCGAAUGUUCAUGCCCCGUAAGAGCCUGCAGCGAAACAACUCGUCCUCCUCCAUCUCCUCGACGUCUUCCGUGUCUUCCACUUCGACCAUCGCCACUACCGGCUCUCAGCCGAAUGGCGGUCCCAUGCCGCCCACCAGUGACAUGAGCGCGUGGAGCAAUGGUGCUGCAGCGCGAAAACGGCCCCAGGUCAAAGGCCCGUGGCCGGCCCCGAAAGCAGACGUGCCGUCGGAUUUUGUGAGGAUGUCUACCGGACGCCCGCAGAUGGUUGCUGGCCUCAACGGUUCCGCGCCGAUGCAUUCACCCUCGCCUAUGCUGCCUUCCCAGGGCAUGAUUGGCGCACAACAGCCGGUGUCUCGUCCCAUGUCCGAGGCGCUGCCGAGCGGGAGCCAGCCCGUACUGUACCUCCUGUCCCUGAACGGUACCUUCGAGCGGAAGACGAUCUCCGUCCCAUUCUCCCCCGACGCCCUUAAGAUAGGUCGUCAGACGAAUGCCAAGACGGUCCCCACGCCGAUCAAUGGAUUCUUCGAUUCCAAGGUGCUUUCGCGCCAGCACGCCGAGAUCUGGGCCGACCGCCAAGGCAAGAUUUGGAUUCGCGAUGUCAAGUCCUCCAACGGAACUUUCGUCAACGGUACGCGACUCUCUCCGGAGAAUCGCGAGUCCGAACCGCACGAGUUGCAGGCCGGCGACCACUUGGAACUCGGUAUCGAUAUAGUGAGCGAGGACCAGAAGACGGUCGUUCAUCAUAAAGUGGCGGCGAAGGUCGAACACGCGGGUUUCGUAAAUCCCGCGAACAACCUCCUCGACAUGAAUUUUGGCGAGCUCGACCCUAAUAGCUCGAUGAUGAUGGGACCACAAGGCGCUGUCCCUGUACGACCUCGCGCCGGUAGUCAGGCUUCCAUGGCAAGUAACGGACGAAUCUCUGGUGGCGGCAUGAUGGGAUCGCAGACCAAUUUGUUGAGCCACCAGCGAAGCCUCUUCUUUUCGCCCAUCAGCACCGAACAUAUCGUAAAGCGACUUCAGCUGGAAAUGAGGAAUCAGCGUCUGCAGUCGCAUGAUUUAGAUCUAACACAGAAGUUUAUCCAAGGACUAUUGACUAAAGACGAUAUCAAGAAUAGCGAGAAACCCGAGGUUAAUGAGCAGUCGAAGCCGUUGAUGGUCAACGGAAAUGGCAUAUCGUUCAGGGCCGACAACAAACCCAGGUUUUCCGACCCACCUGCACCACCGCCGCAGCAGCCUCUGCCCGAAAAGCCAGAUGUGCCAUCCCUGAAACGAGGGCUUUCUGAGCGGGCCAGGGCCCCACAUACCCAGAACGCGUCGCCGAUUCGCCACGACGGCAAUACGAGCCAGAUUUUGCAACUGACCGAAGCGCUGAAUGAUGCGAAGCGGGAGAUAGAAUCUCAGACGUCCCGUAUGCGGGACCUCGAGGAGACCCUCCAGAAAGAACGCCAAGCCCGAGAGCUCGCCGAGGAGUUGGCUCGAAGACUCGAGGAAGCGGUGACGGUGAAGAUGAACGGUGCUCCCACGAAGCCGGAAACUCAGGAAACCGCCCUGGAAGCAGCCUUCGAGCCGCCUGCCGAUGAAGCAUCCUCGCCCACAGUCAAUGGCGAUGGUAAACUCUUCCCACCGCAACCCGAUAUCCUCGAAGCUUCGGCCUCUCAGCUACAUUCUCAGAUAGAGUCCAUGGUGCUGGAGAUGAAGGACCUGCGGCAGCAGUUAGAGGCCUUCAAGCAGCGAGCAGAGACGGCCGAGGCGGAGAGAGAUGCGGACCGCAAGAGCCUUGCGGAAAUGGCACUGCAGAUACGCAAGGAUGCCGAGGCGCGAGAAGCGGCAGCGCGGGAGAAAUCCUUAGCGGGUCCCCGCGCCAGGGAGGCUCCCAAACGUCGAGACUCGACCUCUGAAGAGUUUCCCCCCGUGGCCAGGACGCCGUCACCCCGUUCCAGCCGGGCCCAAUCAAGCCCUGGCGACCCCCAUGACUUCCCAACGCUAUCGAGAGCGAAUACCAUAACACCUCACUCGGCCAAAUCCGGGCUACGAUCACAUGAGCAAGCCCUGGCCAACAGCAUACCUUACGCAUCGAUGAUAGGGGUAGUCCUCCUCGGUGUAGGGCUGAUGGCCUAUAUAAACGGCUGGCAACCUCGGCCGAGACUCGACCAAUAAGCCCAAUUCCGCUCGCCCCAUCUUCAAAUUCUUUCGAGAGCCAUGCUUCUCUUGUAACUUCCAGACUCACCAGAUGUCGAGAUAUCAACUCUCACAUACCGCCAUGACACCAUCCGUUUUCUUUGUAACUAUUCCAUAGCAAGCUUGUUCGGCUACUGUAUCUUGAGAUACUGGUCCCUUGUGGCACGGCAUUGCUUUGAAACCGGCGUUUCGGGGGGUGAGGGAACUGCAAGCGGUUUACAUUUACCGGCCAGACGGGCCACGGGGCUUUUAUUCAGUUCGGCACUACAGA